AAUCAGCUACUUCUGAAGAAACAACAGGAGGAGCAAAAACAGCGCGAACAGCAACAACAGCUACUUCUGAAGAAACAGCAGGAAGAACAGCAACGUCAGCAGCUGUUAAAAAAACAACAGGAAGAACAACAGCGUCAGCAACAACAUCUACUAUUUCUGAAGCAACAGCAGGAGGAGCAACAACGACAACUGCUGCUAAAGAAACAGCAGGAAGAACAGCAACGUCAACAGCUUAUCUUUCUGAAGCAGCUAAAAAACCAAUUACAGCUGAAUCAUCUACUUCACAUAAUAAUUCAAAUUUGACGAAUGGAAACAAUAAACCUGUGGCAAUAUCUUCUGAUCAAAAAAGAUAUUUAUUAGCGGCAAUAAAAUGUUUAGAGGCUUUAUUAAACUAUCUUGAAAGUAAUGUUGAUAAUAAUAAUAAUGACAAGCAUGAAAAACCACUUGUUGAAUUGAAAACACGUUUCAGGUUGAGUCAAAUACUUUUUCUAUUCACUGAAAACAUUCAUGAAGCUGAAAAUCAUUUGCAAAAGGGAAUCCAAAUUGCUCAAACGCAAGAUGAUUUUAGGGAAUUAAAGUUUAAGAUGAUUGAUCUUCGAUGCGACAUUUUUAAAAGUAAUAAUAAUAGUAAUUCAGCAAAAAAUCUUUUGAAAUCUAGUGCAAUUGAAGCAAUGGAAAAUAAUAUGCCUCCUUGGUAUUAUCAUUUUCAAUUGAAACGAGCAAAUUUACAUUAUUCUGAAAAAGAUUUUGAUGGAUGUAUGAAUGUAUUGAGACAAGUUUGUUCGUUAGCUGAUCAAAGAGCAGAUGUUGAAAUGAAGGCUUGUGUAUUAAUUCUAAUAGCACAAUAUGCUUUCACAAGUCAAAAUUAUACAUUGGCUCAACGUUCAUUGGAUGAGCUUCAAACUGUUUAUUUCCCUUCAUCAUUAAUUCAAUCUUCGCAAACUUAUAACAGAUUUCCUAUCUCAAAUCGUCAUCUUUAUUUACACUUUUCACUAUUAUAUAUUACUUAUCAUAUGCAUACUGGUAAUAUGAAAUUAGCUGCAGAAAGAUUAUCAGAAGUUCACCAUAUUUUGGAUAGUAAUUCUUUGAAUGAUAUUAAUGUGGAUGGAUCAACAGGAGAAACUACAAUACAUAUUUCUCCAGUUUCCGAGUCUUCAUUGAGCCUUUCUUAUCCAAACAAUAACGACAAAAGUUCUACAACUUCUCAAAACUUGCCAUUAAAGAUUUGUUGGCUGUCAAAUUCACAAAUUUAUGCCUUAACAUUUUUAAUUUCAGGAAUAUGUAAUCGAGAAAAUGGUUUAUCACUUCAAGAAAUCAUCAAAUCAAAAAAUUUUUACAUUAAUCUAAAAGCUUACAUGUUACAAUACUUGAUUGACGUAUAUUUAUUAAGAUCAGAAUUUACUGAGGCAGAAAAGACACUUGCACAAUUAAUGAAUUGGUCGAAUAUACAUAAUCUGUGGCCACAAUUCCAUAUUAAUAUAAUAAUCGCACUCGGAAUGAUAAAUCAAUUUAUAGGAAAGCCUAUUAUUGCUACUGAAUUUUACAAAGCUGCCGAAAAGCUUUCAAAUAACAAAGAACUAAGAGUAUUAUCAAAGAUUAAUCGUACAUUAAUGGUAUUCGAGUCUUUAUUAGAGUCACUUAAAAUUUCCACUUCGUUGUUCAACAAUCAACUUAAAGCUCUAACAUUAUCGGUUUUAGGAACAUUAUUCAAGGUAACCCAAAAUGAUCAGGCAGAAAAAAUGCUUACUUCAUCAUAUACUUUAUCAAAAAAUGCCAGAAAUAAUAUUGGAUGUUUAAUUUCUGGUCGUUUGUUGGAAGAAAUAUAUCAAAAACAACAAAAACUAUCUGACCAUGCAAAUCAAGUGACAUCAAAUAGAAAACAUGAAAUGGAUAAUGUCCUUAGAUGGAAGCCAUGGUAA